AAAGUAUUUUUCUGAUAGAGGUGUUGAUUAUAUGCUGAUUUUAUUACACUUGGCUAGUUUGUCUAGGAUGUUGGGUGCAUUGAAAUUUAUUAUAACUUGUAUUUUUGCUAGAGCUACAACAAUGUUACUCUUUGAUCGUAAAUUUGGGACGCCAUGCUUUGAUCCCCUAGGCGGCGGCGAUUCCAUAAUGUUUCAACACAUGUUUGGGUUUUUUCUGACAUCCGGAAGUUUAUGUUUUAAUAUUACCUAG